CGUGAUGCGUAGAGAAAAAACGUUACUAGCAUCCAAAUAGUUCAACUUCGUAAACUAUUAAUGAGAAGCAUAUAUAAUACAACAAUCAUUAUUUAUAUAUUUAUUAAUACACAAAUUAUUUUUAGGUACCUACCUACAUUGGCAAUACAUAAAUCCAUACUGAAAUUAACGAAAUGUGUGUGCCUUCAACAGAACGUGUCGGUCAUAAGUGUUCUUCCGAUAACGCGUACAGAAAAAUCAUGACUAAGUGUAAAACGAUGUGGAUUUUGGGUACUGUAGCGGCUUUACUUAUUGUAUCCAUGGCAUUGCAAAAUUAUACCGUCAACCAAUAUGUUCGUGCUAUCUUAAAAUUGACUGUGAUGCAGUUAAUAGACCUGAACAAUUUCAAAAAUUUACUUCACGAUUCAUGUUUAGUGUAUAAAAAAAUCCCAGAACGCGAGCUUAGUGAAUCGGAAUGUUAUUCAUGUGAAAGUAUCGAUCGAGUGGAUGUUGUUUUCAAACCUGAAGACGUUUUAGAAUCGUACGCAGAUCUCAAUUGGCCUGUUGCGUUCCAAAGCAAUGUUAAAACCAAUGUCACUGUUGAAGACAUAGCGCUUACUUUUUUAAUCGGAGAUCUCUUACCUUGCGAUUAUGAAUCCAACUUAAAGAUCGAUCCUUUACGAGCAAUCGAAAUGAAGUAUGGAUGGUUUAUGCAUUGGAGAAAUUGUGAUGACGUCCAAGGAAAAAUUAUGCGAGCUUUAUACAGGCCGGAUUCAUUUUUAAGCAUUUCUUCCGAAACUUGGACAAUUAUGUCGUUCAAGUAUAAAACCUACCAUUAUAAACAAAUCAAUAUGUACUAUAAUAGCAGAGUGGCGGUAUCACAGAUAAGUGGGACAUUUAAUUAUCGAUUGGUGCCUAAAAACACCUGUACAAAAAUAUGUAAUCAUUUGGAUGGACGUUUAGAAACUUACCAUACCCUGGUUUUCAACAAUUUUAUUUGGGAUUUUCAGUAUCUACCGUUGAACAAUUCUUCCAAUAGCAUAGCUAUUAUUUAUUACUUAGAUUAAAAAUCAAAUAGACCUACUUUAGUCAAAAAGCUUAAAAUAUUUAAAUUUUUAUUUAUAUUAUCGAAUAUGCAUUAUUUACAAAAAAUAGUAUUUUAUGAAAUUAUUAUAUUUGUAAAGUAGUUAAAAAAUUAAAAACUAUACAGCUACCUA